AUUUAUGGUCGCAAGCUGAAGCCACAUUCAAGCAUAUGGACACUGCUGCAACAGAACUCAAAUGCUUUAAAGUUUUACACAAGCAGGAGCUUGUGGCAUCCACUUUAAGAGUUAAUGGUUUAGUUGAAGAAGUCAACAAGCAAAAAGUCCUAGAAGAGAGCCUACAAAGUAGAUAUGCUGAUCUACUAAUCGAGUAUGAUAGAUUAAAAAGGUUGUUGGAGGAACAUAAAAUGCGAUUGUGAAUGGAAGAAGAAAAUGUAGCUCAGGCUCGAGCCCUCAAAGAAGAAGCUUCUGCUAGGAAUCGUGCCCUCGAGGUAGAAGUUGCCGCUAGAAAUUGUGCUCUUGAGGAAGAAGUUGCAGCUAAAGCACAUGAUGUUGAGGAAGAUAAAGCAGCAAAGAUCAAUGCUAUGGAUGAAGAACUUCCACCGAAGAAAGAUCAUCUUUGCAAUACUGAUUUGACUGAAGAUGGCACUUCCGCUAAGGAGCCUAUUGCUCCGACAGAAACAAAACAAUUGACUAUCGAAGACGUAUCGGAGACAGAUAUUUUGCAUGAUCAGAAGGAACAAACACAGAUAUUUUGCAUGAUCAGAAGGAACAAACACCUGCUGGCAAUUGCUUUGAAGUCUCUGGACAAAUAUCUCAGGUUGCAAUUGAAGAGAAAAUGACGGGUGGUGAUAAGACAGCACCUCAAGAUGUUGGUGACAAUAUGCUCUCGAGCACUCUGGUUGAGAACACCAUUGAUGUUCCUCAUGGUGUUUCUAAUUCCUCUGACAUGGAAGUUGUAACAAAUU